AUGAAAUUUGAAAUAAGUUCGAUGGGUAAAAUUAACUUUUUCCUUGGCUUGAAUAUAAGACAAUGUUUAGAGGGUAUUUUCAUCAAUAAAGAAGCCUUCACAAAGACGUUACUGGCAAAAUUCGUAAUGGUUGGUGAUUCCAAAGUCAAAGUUCCUAUGGCAUUCAGAACAAAGCUCACACCUUCUCUUGAUAAACCAACAACUGAUAUCACUUUAUAUCGUCAAAUGAUUGGGUCAUUGUUGUAUUUAACUUCAAGUAGACCUGACAUUAUGUUUGAUAUGUGUAAUUGUGCUCGAUUUCAAGCCAAUCCUCGAGAACCUGAUAUGAUGGCUGUUAAGAACAUCUUUCAGUAUUUGAAGCGGACUACUUCUCUUGGUCUCUCGUAUCCAUCGAAUUAUGUAUUCUUCGUGCAAGCUUACUCCGAUGUCGACAUAGGUGGAUGUGGACUUGAUCAGAAAAGUACAUCAGGUGUAUGUCAAAUUCUGGAUGGCAAACUUGUAAGUUGGCAAUCUAAGAAGCAAACUUAUGUCUCCUUAUCCACCGCUGAAGUUGAUGUAAGUCCCUAA